CCAUUUUGUGGCUGGAAUUAGGGUCAUGGCCACUAAGCUCCCAGCUUCCCUACGGGCACCAGAUUUAAAACAGUUCAGAAGGACAACGCAAAGGGAGAUCGCUACCAAUAGCUCUUCCCCUCAUUCGUCGAGCUCUCUUCUAAUUCCCAAUUCGAUCUGCGCCUUUUCAUCUAACGGUUCGCCAGCGUGAUGGUCCUGCACGGCGGACGCAUUGCUGCUGCUGCAUCUUCGAAUGUUUUGUUCACAAGAACAAGGUUCCUUGGCCUCUCCCCUGCCAAUACCAACAAUUUUACAUCCACCUCUCGAUGCUUCUCUCUCUCGGUGCCAAUAAGCAAGUUGAGCGACGGCGAUGGCGGAGAAAAAGGGAAGAGAGGAGGUAAAAUUGGUGCAAAGAAGCAGAACAAGGAGGCGAAAAAGGAAGAUGUGCCAUCGCCCAAAGAAGCAGUUGAUCUAGUUGCGGAGGGUUCGGGUAGCAAGCAGGUGUCGCUUAGUCUGGAUGAUGUAAAUCCGGUGGGGUUGGGGAGGAGAUCGCGACAGAUUUUUGAUCAGGUGUGGAAAAAGUUCUCAGGCCUAGGGCAGCUCUCAACGACCUCCACCGACGAGGAUCUGCUGGACAGCGUCUUGAUCCGCGGGCCCAUGUGUGAGUUUACUAUCCCGGAAGCGCAGGACACCACCGUGCUGGUGGUCGGAGCCACGAGUAGAAUCGGUAGGAUCCUUGUCCGAAAGCUGAUGCUUAGAGGCUACAAAGUUAAGGCUUUGGUAAGGAAAGCUGAUUCAGAAGUGAUAGAUAUGCUUCCUAGAUCAGUAAACAUUGUACUUGGUGAUGUGGGUGAACCUUCAACUUUGAAGACUGCAAUAGAAGGAUGCAACAAGAUCAUUUACUGUGCCACGGCUCGCUCUCUUAUAACUGCAGACCUCUACAGAGUGGACUAUCGAGGAGUAUACAAUGUCACCAAGGCAUUUCAGGAUUAUAACAAUAAAUUAGCACAAUUAAGGGCGGGAAAAAGCAGUAAGAGCAAACUUUUGCUAGCUAAAUUCAAAUCUUCUAAAUCUUUAGAUGGGUGGGAAGUUCGCCAAGGAACUUACUUUCAGGAUGUUCUUGCUGCGAAAUAUGAUGGAGGAAUGGAUGCAAAGUUGGAAUUUAUUGAAACGGGAGAAGCUGUGUUUUCAGGAUAUGUAUUUACAAGAGGUGGAUAUGUCGAGCUUUCCAAGAGACUCUCCUUGCCUUUGGGCUCCACCCUGGAUAGAUAUGACGGUCUACUUCUCUCUAUUGGUGGAAAUGGAAGGUCAUUUAUUGUAAUUCUAGAGUCUGGCCCAUUGGCUGAUACCUCCCAAAGCAAAUUAUAUUUUGCUAGAAUGAGCACAAAAGUGGGCUUCUGCAGGGUGAGAAUACCCUUUUCAUCUUUUCGACCUGUUAAACCAGAUGAUCCUCCGCUAGAUCCUUUCCUAGUACAUACUUUUACAAUUCGAUUUGAACCAAGAAGACAGAGACCUCCUGAAGGACCUACAGGAAUGACACAGGAUCCUAGGAGCUUCAAGCUGAUAUUGGAAUAUAUAAAGGCCUUACCCACUGGAAGAGAAACUGAUUUUAUCUUGGUAUCAUGUACUGGAUCUGGGAUUGAAUCCAGUAGAAAGGAUCAGGUGCUAAAAGCCAAGAAGGCCGGGGAAGAUUCGCUAAGAAGAUCAGGCCUUGGCUACACGAUCAUUCGCCCGGGUCCCUUGCAGGAAGAGCCAGGCGGUCAACGAGCAUUGAUAUUUGAUCAAGGGAAUAGGAUUUCUCAGGGCAUUAGCUGUGCAGAUGUAGCUGAUAUAUGUGUAAAGGCAUUGCAUGACUCAACAGCAAGAAACAAGAGCUUUGAUGUAUGCUAUGAAUACGUCGCAGAGGAGGGCAAUGAGCUUUAUGAGUUGGUGGCGCAUUUGCCGGACAAAGCAAACAACUAUCUUACACCAGCUCUUGCUGUUCUGGAGAAGAACACCUGAUGGGAAGGAAGCUAUUUCUCUUGUUGAGAUUUGUCAUAAAUCUCACUAAACUUUUGUUACAUUUUCAAAGUGUAUACUCUUGGAGCUGUUCUAGAUAUAUGCACCACACAUGAACCGAUGUAUAGUAAAAACUUGGUAGAAAACUUGGACUGCUCAUGAGCAAGUCCUCCAAAGAUAGAAUUCCACUGGAGCUUGAAUGUGGAGAGAAGGCCAUGCUUCCAGGUUCUUAGCUUGUAACUACUUUUUAUGGACUGUUUGUUGUUUUAUGUGAUGAAAUUUGAGUUGGAAAUUAGUUUGCGACUCAAUUUAAAUUAUUGAGAGCAAACAAAUGGAAGAAAAUAAAAUGCACAGAAACAUUAACAUUUUUUUU